AAAUUAGGCAAACUUAUAUUUCAUAGAUCAUUCGACUUAAUUUGAUACACUUUUCACUCGAUCACAUUUUUUUUUUUUACGGGUGGUACUCGUAACUGAACGGAGGGAGGAGUAAAAAUGCAACUACAACGGAUAAAGUAAACCAUAACUCUCAAGACAUAACCACGCCAACCACCGUCAUCGACUGCCCGCCGCACCCAUCUAACCACCCGCCUCUCCAACAACACUUGACACUCUCACUCUCUCUCCUCUUUCAUGGCCUACGAAUGACUCUCUUCUCCUUAACUAAACGCCCUUUCACUUCCACCUCUUCACUUUCUCUCUCCUCAGCAACCUCCUUUCAUGGCUCCCACCACCAUUAUUCGACCACCUUAUGCUCCGCCUACAGUGCGGGACGAUUACGACGUCAAAGAGGAGUUCUCUUCUUUCGAUGGCAGCAACAGCAGCAAGUGUGCUUUCUUCAAGGUAGCUCUGUGCCCUUGUCUCGUUUUCAUCAGUCUAGUUUUGAUUGCUGUGUUCAUCGUUUUAAUUGUCAAGUUUCAUCUUAUUUGUCAUCUUCCAUUGCACUACCUGAUUUACAAGAAAGAUUGUUAGAUUCGAAGUUAAGGGGUUGUAAUUUGAAGAAUUUUGAACAUGGGUUUUCAAUUUCAGUUGUUCCCAAUGUUUAUUUUGUUAGAUCAAUGUCAUUCUCUGUGAAUUAUGGGGUUUCUUUUGGUGGGUUGUUGGUUCCUGUUUGUAAUUCGAAUUGGAUAUUGCCCAAAUUUGGGGGUUCUAAAAAGGUGGGGAUUUUGGGGUUUGGUGGUUGUUAUAGGGGAUUUUCUAGUUGUGAGGAGGAGAGAGAAAGUGAUGGUGAGGAUGAUGAGGAGAGAGAAGGGAGUGAAGGUACCUUCGAGUCGAGUGCUGAUCCAGAGGAAGUUAGUAGGGUGGCUAAGUUGAUUGGUGAAUUGUUCGCCUUAGAUCGAAAUAUGGAGGCUGUGCUUAGUGAAUCUGGGAUUGAAUUGAGUCAUGAUUUGGUUGUUGAUGUCUUGAGAAGGUUUAAGCAUGCUAGGAAGCCGGCAUUUCGGUUCUUUUGCUGGGCUGGGCAAAGACCAGGGUUUUCCCAUGAUUCUAGGACUUACAAUGCCAUGUUGUUGAUAUUGGGGAAGACGAGGCAGUUUGAGACGAUGGGCUCGUUGCUAGAGGAAAUGGGGGAAAAAGGGCUUUUAGAUAUGGAAAGUUUUAUGAUUGCUAUCAAAGCUUAUGCUGCUGGUAAAGAGAGGAAGAAAGCUGUUGGGGUGUUUGAGUUGAUGAAGAAUUAUGGGUUUAAAGUGGGGGUUGAAACUAUUAAUUGCAUGCUUGAUGCCCUUGCUAGAGAAAAGAUGGUGAAGGAAGCUCAAGCUUUGUAUGAUAGGUUGAAGAGUAGGUUUACUCCAAACAUGAAGACUUAUUCAGUUUUGCUUAACGGUUGGUGUAGAGUGAAGAAUCUUAUGGAAGCUGGAAAGAUAUGGAAUGAGAUGAUUGAUCAGGGUUUGAAGCCUGAUCUUAUUACCCAUAAUAUAAUGCUAGAUGGAUUGCUGAAAGUUAAUAAGAAGUCUGAUGCAGUCAAGCUUUUCGAGGUCAUGAAGGCGAAGGGGCCAACUCCAAAUGUCCGGAGCUAUACUAUAUUGAUCAGGGACUUGUGCAAACAUUCUAAGUUGAGAGAAGCUGUUGCCUACUUUGAUGAGAUGAUGGCUUCAGGGUGUGAGCCAGAUGCUGGUGUAUAUACUUGUUUGAUAACAGGAUUUGGGAACAUUAAAAAGAUGGACAUGGUAUUUGGUUUGCUUAAGGAGAUGAAGGAAAAGGGUUAUCCACCAGACGGGCAGCUGUAUAAUGCUUUGAUCAAAUUGAUGACAAAUAGGCGAAUGCCUGAUGAUGCAGUUCGCAUUUACAAGAAGAUGAUUCAGAAUGAAAUCCAGCCGACUAUUCACACUUACAAUAUGAUGAUGAAAUCCUAUUUCAUUGCCGGAAACAGUGAGAUGGCUUGUGCCGUGUGGGAUGAGAUGGUCCAAAGAGGUUGUUGCCCUGAUGAAAAUUCUUACACCGUUCUCAUUGGUGGGCUUAUAAGGCAAGGGAGAUCCGAGGAGGCAUGUAAACAUGUUGAGGAAAUGAUCAAUAAAGGGAUGAAAGUUCCAGAACUUGAUUUCAACAGGUUUGCAGCUGACUUCUCUAAGGUCGGACGACCUAACAUACUGGAGGAGCUGGCUCGUAAGAUGAGGCUGUCUGGCAACUCUGAAGUAUCUGAAGUCUUCGCAAGAUGGGCUCAGAUGACCCAGAAAAGAGGUACUAGAAGAGGCACGUUUGACCCUGAUGCAUAAACUUCAUAGACAUCUUAUUAUUACAGUGAAGAUUAUAAAGAUUGAUUGAUAUCCAACUGAAUAUUUCUACCACUGUAAAAGUAGUUGUAAUUUACCUUGGAUUGCCUAUUAUUCAGCUGACAUUUCUUGUGAAUAGUAGUUGAAAUUUCUUCGUUUACACUGAUCAUAGGAUUCUUGUUAUGCUUUAAUGCAUAUCUGCCUUGCUUAA